AUGGAAAGGGCUGCAUAUUCUUUUUUGUCGUGCAUCUAUUUUCCCUUCAUAUGUAUUCUUUCCCGUCUCUUCUCUCUUCUUUCUCCAGUCGCGAUUGGUAUCGGUGCCCGUGGGAGUCGCUGGUCGACGGCAGUGCUGGCAGCGCAAGCCGUCAAUCGUUUCAUGCGGGGCAUACGUCUCUUGCUUUGUGUCAUUUUCACUUAUCCGAUAAAGCCGAAGGAUAAUUCAUUGCCAGUAAAGGUCAUAAUUGUGCACCACCGACUUUCCGCCUCUUCGAAUUCCAGUCACGUUAUCUUGACGCUUGUUGAGAAAAUGUGGCUUGGCAUUGCCUGUCAGUACAACGCAGCCGUCAUUCGUCUGCAACGAGGUUCCAAACAAAUGCGUAAGUUUGUCACGUAUUGUGUCUGA